CCAGCAGUCACUACCUACCGUCACAGCGUUCUUCUUCCUCCACAUCGGUGCAGGAAGAUCGAUCUUGCGAUUGAAGAAAUCGUCGGUUGCCGUCGAUCGCCAACGCUACAGCAGCGGUUUGUUGUUAUCGCACAGUCAGUCGAAGUACAACCGCAGCGGGUACUGUUGUAUCGUAAAUCGGUGUUAAAAAAUCGGUUGUGACGGGGUAUCGCGAUCGGUUCGGAGGUUUCUAUGCGGAUUAGGUGUCGGGGGAGGGUUUGAAAUUCGAUAGAAGAGGAUGAUGAGUCGUGUGGGGGUUUUGGUGGUGUCGCUGCUGAUGUGCUUUUGGGUAGGGGUGGAUCAGAUAACAGCAUUCGAAAUAAAGAACUUUAUGGGAGAGCCAGACUACAGACAGGUGAGGCUGCAUUGGGAGAGUUCAGAAGUACCGCAAAAGCAAUUUCUCAUCAAGUACUGCGAAAUACAAAGUUGGGGCAACGAAAGAUGCCGGUACGACCAAGUGAACAAUACGAGGGAAGCCAAAAAUUUCAUUGAUGGUGAUGAGGUAGUGAGGCAAUACUCGACUGACAUAAAAGGUUUGCGCAUGGCAACAACGUAUUCUUUCGAAAUUAGGCCUAGGAAAGAAAACUUAGAAAAGGAAGGAGAAAAUAGAGCUAAAGAAGAUGAUAGGAAUCAAAAUGUCAUCGUCAUACCAACGAAAGGAUUUUCGGCAAAAGCGACACAGUGCCUACCUCACGCCAGCGAAAUCGAAGUUUCCACAGGACCGUACUUCGGGGGCAGAAUCGCAGUAGAAGCAGCGGAUGGUGAAAGGUGUGGCAUAGAUGGUGAACCCAAUAGUGCCAGAGACACUUACACCCUCAGAAUAAACCACAUAGAAUGCGGCAGCCAAGUGAACGAGACUACUGUGGCCACUUUUGUAUUGGUGCAGGAGAAUUUGCCCAUUUUGACUCAUAGCACUCGAAGAUUUUUGGUGCUGUGCUCAUAUCAGCCAGAAACACUGACAGUCCGAGCCGGUAUCAGCUUGCCCAAUAACCAGCAACAAAGGGGUCAGGCUCAGGUUCACCCAGCUUCACUUCAUGAUCUGGAAGAGGAUAAUUAUGUAGGAAGAAGAUCGAGGAAUUUGAGGCUGGGAAGAGUACUUCAGAAACCAGAAGCUUUAGUAAAAGAAGAAUUUAUAGCUGAAUCCCAAGCACCCUACAAAAGCCAGAUAGUACCAAUCUUCGUCAUCACCAUGCUGUCCAUAGCCGGAAUCAUCGGCCUGGCAGCCAUAGUCCUGAAAAUCUCAGGAAAAAGACUCCUUGACGAAAUGGACAACAUCUCCAUUGCUUCCGAUCUUUCCACUAGCAGCUGCAGCACAGUAUCAGAAGUGGAGAUGUGCAUUGAAGACAAACCCAGAAACAUUAAAAGUAAUAAAGAAAGCAAAUAGUGACAUUUUGUUCUAAGAUUCGUGAAGAUUUUUUUUCGCUUUGUUUGGUGAUAAGUUUAUUUAUUUCUUAUUUGGUUUUAAUUUUCGUAUUCGUGCAUUUUUGUAUUUGUAUUUUUUUUUCCUGUUUGUAAGGAAAAUGAACUACGGUGAGAUUGAUUGUGUUGUAUUUUAAAGAGGAGAGAGUGUAAUAACUGGUAGUGUGGAAUGUUUCGAUACACUAGUGCAUUCCUAAAAAUGUGAUAAUUUAUUUUGUACUGUGAAGUAGUGCUUUUAGGUUAGAUUUUUCGAUGUUUAGGUAUAUAGACUUUUAUAUCCAGUAAAUUUUUAAAAGAAUAACCAUUAAUUCAUAUUGUGAGACAUCACUGAUAAAUAAUUUAAAAAAAAAUUGAUAGAUUAUCAAACAAUAUAUUUAUUUCUUGAAAAAUGCAUAAUUUUUUAUAAAGAAAUAUUUUUUUUUCUGGAGAAUAGGUAUAACAAUUAUCAAAAAAAUAUGUUUCAAACGAAUUUUAUGUCUGUCCACUGAGAAAAUACAUGACAGUGACAGUUGUUGUCUGUCUUUUUUACUCGCAGGCAAUGACUAAAGAAUACAAGGAUAUAUAACACCUAAGACCAAAUUGUUACCAUGGCUCCAAACAGUGCCGUGGUACAUAUUUUUCUCAACUUGAUUAAAGGAAUUCUUAAACUUAAUUGCUUGAAGGGAUAUUUAUAUUGAAAAAAAUAAAACUAAUGAAAAAAACUUGGAAACUAAUGAUUAGAUUCAAUUAUCAAGAAAAAUAAAAUAGAUAUUAUGUUAGUAUCUAUAUUAUUGUGAGUCAUUUUAAUCGUUACAGUUGAAGGUUGGAACCUUUGGUAUUACACAGCAAAAUAAAACACUAAAUCACCACAAUCACCAAAACACUUUUACUUUUACACUGGAUGCGCGUUUCGCUAACCAUGUUAGCAUCAUCAGCAGAUGAUUAUAAACUGUCAGUUUAUAGUGAUUUAGUGUUUUGUUUUGCAUUUUAAUCGUAUUUAUCUAUAUUUUGAAAAAGAAAGUGUAUUUUCAGUGUAGACACAAGCUUGUAAAUUUUCUAUGUUCUUGCGGCUAAAAUUCUUAAAUUGGAUUGUAUAUUUAUAUUAGUAUUAUAAAUCUAGAAACAUGGAAUUGGAUUUCCUUCUUGUCACAUCAAAUUAACUUAUAUACAAAGUUAUUAGAAUAUGUAAUUGUCUAAUUUAUAUAUAGAACUACAUAUAAAAAUAAAUUACUAUACCUAGUUAAGUUAUUUUUGGACACCUCAAAAAUAAAAUUAGUUAAAACAAUUUUUGAGAGUAAAAUCCGUACCUUUAAAAUAUAUUUUCAAAUCAAUAUAUUUUUAAAAAGUUUUUUUCUCUAAAACAUUUAUUACUCGCUGAAACCUAAAAAUAAUGGAUUGUUUUAUGAAUUCUACAGUCGAUAGUUUAGUAUAUAUACCGGGUGCGUCUCAAAAGUGGCUCACCCCUAUACUUUUUUUUUCAGAUAAAAAAACGAGGUUUGGUAUGUUA